UGCACCUGCAUAAAAAUGGGCUGCAAACUUGGGUGGCGGUUUGCCUAAAGCAAGCUAUCAUGAAGGCUUGCGCACUGGCUGUCUUUAUCGUCGGUUCAAUUGUGGCAGGAGGAGCUGGACAAUCGAUGGGGGGCAUCUAUGGCAUAGCUAUGGCACCAGUUGUUGACACCACUAUUACCCGGCCAGACUUGGUGACAGGUGGUACCAAAUACGCAAUAUGCAAUCAAUGCAGCUGCAAGAUCGCUUGGGAACUAACAAAACAUCGAGAAGAUGGUGGCUGCAAAAAAACGUUCGAAUUCACCUGUACGUGCAACAAUUAUCGGUGCGACAAAAAGGAGACGCAGCUCUGCAUGUAUAAGUUGGUUUCCAACAUGUAAGGGAUGUUUCUAGCCUAAAUGUGCCACUGGGGGAUCGCUAAAUAAAGCUUAGUUUACUUACUGUUGUA